AGUGACGCAGCGCGCCCCGCCCCCGCCACUAGAUCCGCUGCUGCGGCCGCGGCGGGCGAACCUGCAGGAGGCGGCGGCGCCGGCGGCCGAGGCCGAGGGAAGAUGGCGGACGGAGUGGACCACAUAGACAUUUACGCGGAUGUGGGCGAAGAGUUCAACCAGGAAGCUGAAUAUGGUGGGCAUGAUCAGAUAGAUUUGUAUGACGAUGUCAUAUCUCCAUCUGCAAAUAAUGGAGAUGCCCCAGAAGACCGGGAUUACAUGGAUACUCUCCCACCAACUGUUGGUGAUGAUGUGGGUAAAGGAGCGGCGCCAAAUGUUGUCUAUACAUAUACUGGAAAGAGAAUUGCAUUAUAUAUUGGAAAUCUAACAUGGUGGACAACAGAUGAAGAUUUAACUGAAGCAGUUCAUUCUUUGGGAGUAAAUGAUAUUUUGGAGAUAAAAUUUUUUGAAAAUCGAGCAAAUGGCCAGUCAAAAGGGUUUGCCCUUGUUGGUGUUGGAUCUGAAGCAUCUUCAAAAAAAUUAAUGGAUCUGUUGCCUAAAAGAGAACUUCAUGGUCAGAAUCCUGUUGUAACUCCAUGCAAUAAACAGUUCCUGAGUCAAUUUGAAAUGCAGUCCAGGAAAACUACACAAUCAGGACAAAUGUCUGGGGAAGGUAAAGCUGGUCCUCCAGGAGGCAGUUCACGUGCAGCAUUUCCACAAGGUGGUAGAGGACGGGGCCGUUUUCCAGGGGCUGUUCCUGGUGGGGACAGAUUUCCUGGGCCAGCAGGACCAGGAGGGCCACCCCCACCUUUUCCAGGAAAUUUGAUCAAGCAUCUUGUUAAAGGAACUCGGCCUUUGUUCCUGGAAACUAGGAUUCCAUGGCAUAUGGGGCACAGCAUAGAGGAAAUACCCAUUUUUGGCCUAAAAGCUGGACAGACUCCACCACGUCCACCCUUAGGUCCUCCAGGCCCACCUGGUCCACCAGGUCCUCCACCUCCUGGUCAGGUUCUGCCUCCUCCUCUAGCUGGGCCUCCUAAUCGAGGAGAUCGCCCUCCACCACCAGUUCUUUUUCCUGGACAACCUUUUGGGCAGCCUCCAUUGGGUCCGCUUCCUCCUGGCCCUCCGCCUCCAGUUCCAGGCUACGGCCCCCCUCCUGGUCCACCACCUCCACAACAGGGACCACCUCCACCUCCAGGCCCUUUUCCACCUCGCCCACCUGGUCCACUUGGGCCACCCCUUACACUUGCUCCUCCUCCGCAUCUUCCUGGACCACCUCCAGGUGCCCCACCGCCAGCUCCACAUGUGAACCCGGCUUUCUUUCCUCCACCAACUAAUAGCGGCAUGCCAACAUCAGAUAGCCGAGGUCCACCACCAACAGAUCCAUAUGGCCGACCUCCACCAUAUGAUAGGGGUGAUUAUGGGCCCCCUGGAAGGGAAAUGGAUACUGCAAGAACGCCAUUGAGUGAAGCUGAGUUUGAGGAAAUCAUGAAUAGAAAUAGGGCGAUCUCAAGCAGUGCUAUUUCAAGAGCUGUGUCUGAUGCCAGUGCUGGUGAUUAUGGGAGUGCUAUUGAGACAUUGGUAACUGCAAUUUCUUUAAUUAAACAAUCCAAAGUAUCUGCUGAUGAUCGUUGCAAAGUUCUUAUUAGCUCUUUGCAAGAUUGCCUUCAUGGAAUUGAGUCCAAGUCAUAUGGUUCUGGAUCAAGAAGACGUGAACGAUCAAGAGAGAGGGACCAUAGUAGAUCACGAGAAAAGAGUCGGCGUCAUAAAUCCCGUAGUAGAGAUCGUCAUGACGAUUACUAUAGAGAGAGAAGUCGAGAACGAGAGAGGCACCGGGAUCGUGACCGAGACCGCGACCGAGAGCGUGACCGAGAGCGCGAAUAUCGUCAUCGUUAGUAGCUGAAGGAAGAGGAUCACCUUCCAAGACAAAACAGUCUUCAUGGGGGAAGAAUGACGCUUGUCCAGCAGUUUGCUUCUUGUGAUUGAACUGAACCUGUAAGGAUUCAUGGAUAAAAUCAACAGGAAUAGAUCUGAAUAAAGCAAAUCUGCAUAAAUGGUAACCAGUAGCUCUACUUUUAUUUUUUAUGUUGCUUAACUGUUUUAUUUGAAGGAAACCUGUGUGAUUUAAAAAGUUAUAGCUUUUGCAACUUUAUUACUGGUUAUAUACAUUUGGCCAUUAUAAUGUGCAAGCAAUUGGAAAAAAAAAGUCAAGUAAAUGCUUGUUUUUAUAGUAGUUUGUUCUUGUUAAAAAUGUUCAUAUGAUAAUGUCUGUAAACAGCACCACUUUGAUUACAAUAGAUGUAGUGUUGUAAUAAACUGUUUAAUGGGGCUGAUGUGUAAAGCUGUUCAAGUUAUUUGAUGUUUACACCUCAGGGAAAGUCUUGUGUUCAGCAAUAUCUAAAGAUAAUGUUACUAUGACAUUUUUACUGUCCUUUACAAAAGCAUUGCAAUAGCGUUUUUGGAUAUGCAUCAAUCUAAUCUUGCGUUCAGUGAAUUAAACAUACUAAUUAAGUGUCACUUGCCCUUGAUUUUGAUAUUAGAGUAGGUGAUUACAUGGAUAUUUAAUAUUUCUAUAUUCUGCUUUUCUAGCUGUUUUUACCUAGUUUAGCUUGUGACUUUUGCUGAAUGGUAUGUAAACUUGUAAAAACUGAAAUUUGACAGACAUAGCAAUCCAGUCAAUGUGUGUGUUAGGGGUCAAAAAAAUGUGAAGUUUUAACAUUUUAGUGAAAACCCAUCCAUAUUUUCUAUGUAAUGCAGCUUAAUUACAACACAGAUGUACUGAAACACUUAAUUGUGUACUGCUAGCAUUGGAAGAAAUAUUUUGACAGUUCUGAUUUGAUGCUGCAGUUAUUUGUUGUUUCAUAUUGAUGGUUUAUUUUUGAAGCCAUAGGCAGUGUAAAUACAGUGUGCAGCAGAUAUAUGUGAGUUAAGAGAGCCUUAGUUUUAUUUUUUGCUUGGUAUAGAUUCUUGAAGGAAGUGAUGUUAACAUUGGGUUGUAUUCUGUAGUAUGUGUAAUGGGGAUUAUAGAUGUACCCUGUCUGCACAGUUUAAGGAAUUCUGUGUAUAUUCAUGCAACCUGUUGAUUCAUGCUAGAGUUACUUAGUUAAUCAAAGAUUUUUUUCCAAACCUGCCUUACUCAUAGGCCCAUGUUAAAAGCACCUGGCUAGCAUGUGUUCUUAAUUGCAAAAUUAGAGGCAGUGUCUUGAUUAGAUAAAUUUUUAUAGGAAGGUAAUUCUGAAUCAACUAUUCAGAAAUUUGAGUUAAAAUUCUUAAGCAAGUUAAUUUGUUAAUAUAUUUUUAAGAUCUGAUUAUCUUUGAGAGAUCUGAUAAUACACAUUGGUUUUUAAAGUAUAGCCAAAUUUUAGGACAAUGCUUAAAGUAUUUAGGUACCCUAAAUAUUAUGUGAUGAGCAUCUGUAGAAGCCUCUCCAGAAAUUUCCACUGCCGUUCUUCAGUUUCAUCUUGUUCGCUAUCAAACUACUUCUCACAAAAUUGACUGUUUUGAAUUAUCCAUAUUACUGCCAGCUUUAUUUUAAAAUAUUUUGUUUUUGGAGUAUCUGUGCAUGGGAUCAUUGGUGUUUAUCAGAACUGUUUGCUCUCAGAAGUGGUUUUUUAAGUGUUUUUAUCUUGUUGAAAUGCAGUUUUUUUUAACAUUUGAGAGUUGUAUUGAAAUCGAUUUUCUUGUUUUCUGUAUAAGUGUUAGUUUUUGUCAUUUCUUAGCUUUUUUAAUAUUUUAAGUACAUUGCCCUAAUGCGAAGAAGGAUGGACAUAAAUAUAUUACAAGGGAAAUUAGUUAAUAGUAAGAUUAAAAGGUAAGUAAAAUGACCAUGAGAAUAAAAAUUUCUCUGAACAAUUUUAAAAUGGAAUCGUAAAAAUCUAACUGCACUUGAACGUGAAAUGAAACUGGAAAUUUUGUACUAAUUAAAUCCUUUAUUUACCUUUUCAUUUUUUAUCAGUGGAAACCCUUUAAUUGCUCCUUCUAUAUCACUGUUCCCCCUGCUUGGCUGAUCUCAUUGCAUGACUUUUGUUGCAGACAAUGUGAGUGUACUAGAUUUGUUUGCUGCUAGUCCAUUAUUUUCAGUUGUUGUCAGAGAGAAAUAACUUUUUGGUUUGACCAAGUCAUUUUGCAAAGUCCUUCUCUACCUGAUAACACAUGAAUGUAUAGCAGUUAAGGUAAAAAUUGCAAGCCUUGUUUAAUUCUUCAUACCCCCUUCUGUUUAUAGGCUGGUGUUAUUUGAAAACUCUUCUUUUUUUAAUGUGUGAAAACAAUCCAAAGAGAAAAACCCUUGCGCAGACACCAAAAAAAUAUAGUGUCUCAGAGACCUUUUUAUUUUUUCCCUAAUUAAUAACUGUGGUGGAUAUGAAAGCAAACUUGAGUUGAAUUUUAAACCAUAGCAUUUAUUAGUGCUAUGAAGUCACAUUCCUUUCAGCCAGUAGUAAAGUAUGGAUGAGUGAUACAGCACCUGAAUGGUAUUGGCUCUGAAGCAACACUGAAUUGAAAGUGGUGCUUUUGAUUAAAGGAAGUAUGUUGUGAAAAGCAUAUUCCAGUAUACAUUUGCAGGUGUUUAUUUUGUCAAUUUUCAUAAGCAAGAUUUGGAGUGGCAGUGGCUUUUGAUCAUAGUUUAGCCUAUUUGAUGACCGUUUUACCUAGAAUGUUCUUAAGCAGUUAACUACAAUUUGGAGUUCACAAAUAACUGUAGCUUAAGAUAUUAUUUUCAUUUAAUUCUCCUGUGGAGAAUAUUGCUUUAUUUUCUACUAGUUUCAGGUCAGUUCUUAAAAUAAACAUGGAGGUUUUAAUGAAUGUUGUAUAAUAUUUUAUAGUGAAAGGGGGAAAUUGUUGAAAGGGUAAAGACUUUCUCUUUCCCUUAUGUAUUUAAAUGUGCCAAUAACCUAAAUACAUACUGUUUUAUACAAUGAGAUGCUAUUACAAGACUUUUUUGUUGGAGUGAUCGCGACAUUUUGGUUUUCAUACCUGAAUGAUCAUUGCAUUUUCUGUAUCUUACAAAAUGGCUCCAAUUUUGUGUUUUAAGCUUCAGCUUAAGUUAUUUUAAGAGGAAGUUUGUGUUCUAAUUCUUUACUGAGAAUACAGUAUUGAGAUUCUCUCUUUUUUACAAAUAACUGCGUUUUAAAUUUUAUUCAUUAUAACUUCAUUUGCAUCCCAUAGCCCUCUGUAAAUGUUUCCCCCAGUUGUAUGUACUUAAAUGCACGCUUAUCCGUUGUAUAUAUUAGACAUUUUUUGUGCUAAAAUAUAUUAAGUGGGAUUUUUGUAGCAAAGCAUUCUAUUUUUCUGUUCCUACAGUAUGUGUGUAUGUGUGUGUGUGUGUGUGUGUGUGUUUUUAACAUUAACCUUCAGUUUAAACACUGGUGUAUUUAUUUUAUUUUUUAACAACUUGACUCUUAGAAGCCUUAGACUAAUUUUUUCAAUAAGUAUUCAACCAAAAAUUACAAAUUUAUUAAGAUGUGGCCUUACAUAUGGCAUUCCUUGUGUUCGUAAUGUGAGAUUUUUGAUUUAGAGAAAUCAAGAUUCAGGAUUAAAGUUUUAUUGUAAGUUGAAAUAGAAAAUGUGUUAAAAUGUCUAGGCUUCUGGGAGAAAGUUCUUAUAAUCUUCUUUCUUAGCAUUAGAAAGAAGCAAUAUGAAUUUUUAUGAAUAUUCUAAAUAUUCAGGCAGUUGUAUCCUAUUCGGAUGACUUAGGUUUGUCUUAACCAGUGUUUUUUUAAAAUUUCAGGUUGUUGGCAUUCACUUGAGUAUGCAGCUACUAUGAUUUUUAUAUGGGAUGUAUAAACACUUGGUUAUAUACAGACAGAUUUUAAUGUUUUGAAGACUUCCUGUUAUAUUAAUUAACAUAUGGUAAUGGGAGUCUUUUAAAUAUUAGAUUGGAUUUAAUUGAAGUCACACAAAUCUUGAAGUGGUAUCUGUGGAUGGUAAAUACUACCAAGAGUUUUUCAUGUGGGAGUAUCCUAAAACUCUGCCAUGGGUGUAAAUGUUUUACAUUGAUUUCUUAAUUGGACAGACCCUACAUUUAGUAAAAACAUUUCAUUUUGAAGGUGUGUUCUUUUUGUCGCACUGUUACUGCGUAACACUUCUCAGCAUUCUGUAAGUUAAAUUAUUUUAAAAUACAAUGGCAAAUUCAUGUUUAUUUUUUUACUUUAAAAAUUGUAGUACUCAGGUGGUAUUUAAUGGGAAAGGAUCCUUUGGGGUAAAUCAUAAUGUAUUCUAAGGAAUGCAUCUAUAACAUUGAUGACUUUAGCCUUAAAAAAAGGUCUAUUAUUCCUUCUUCCUCUGCAUCACAUGGUAUAUUAGCAAAGUAGUUUACAGCCCUGUACAGCCUUACAAAGUUGUUUUACAAUUUUUAAUGGAAAGCCCUUAACAAAAAAAAUUGUAUCAUAUUACCAGUAUCCAUGAAUUACUGAAUCACAGUUUGUAAAUAAUUUGUUUAAUAUCAGAAGGCCAAAGAAAGUCUUAAAAUUUUAGCUAUUGACUCUAUGGUGACUUCACAAUAAGAUUUCUGUGCGAAAGGUAAGAUGAUAUUUGAUCAAACAGACAUCUUUUUGAUGUCCAUGAGAGCUAGACUUCCAUAUUAGCUUCUAUUAAAAAAUUCAUUCCAUUUUAUUGAAAUGUUUGUAAUUGCAAUUUUGUGUUUAAUGUUUACUUUGUCUUUUCUUUCUUUAGCAUUUAGGUGACUGUUCAGCAGUUUGCUAUAUGGCCAUUGUUGGCCUUAAACUGCACUAGUAACAAGCAUGGUAUUUAUCUUGUAUUGAAAAUAAAACAAAGUUUUGAUAAAACUUU